CACAGGACAUGAACUUGAUUGACAUUCUUUGGAGGCAAGAUAUAGAUCUUGGAGCAAGACGUGAAGUUUUUGAUUUUAGUCAAAGACAGAAGGAGUAUGAACUUGAAAAGCAAAAGAAACUUGAAAAGGAGAGACAAGAACAGCUCCAAAAAGAGCAAGAAAAAGCUUUUCUGGCUCAACUACAGCUGGAUGAAGAAACAGGUGAAUUUGUUCCCAUUCAGCCUGCCCAGCAGAUUGAGUCAGAAAACACAGGCACACCACCCAAUUUUUCACAGACUACACAUAUUUCAAAACCUGCAGCAGAUGCCUUGUCCUUUGAUGACUGUAUGCAGCUUUUGGCAGAAACAUUCUCAUUUGUAGAUGAUAAUGAGGUUUCCUUGGCUGCAUUUCCAUUGCCGGUACCUGCUCAUAUAGAUAGCGACCCUAUCUUCAUUACUUCUAAUCAGACUCAGCCUCCUGAAUCAUCAGUUCUUCCAUCUCCAAUUGCUGAUGUAGAUAAUAUGCAAAAUAUAGAGCAAGUUUGGGAAGAAUUACUGUCCAUUCCAGAACUACAGUGUCUUAACAUUGAAAACAACAACCUGGCUGAAGUAACCACUAUUGCAAGCCCAGAAACUAAGUCAUCAGAGAGUCUCAAUAAUUUCUACAACUCGUCCAUUUCUGUUAAUUGCGAUUCAGAUUUCCUCAACACUUUUGAAGAUUCCUUUUCUAGCAUCCUACCACCAGAAGACGCCAGCCAGCUGAGAGUGGACUCUUUGGAUAACACUUCAUGUUUGAGCUCCAGUUUUUGUGAAGAUUUCUACUCCACCUUUCUUGAAACAAAGGGGAAUGGUGAUGUAGCAGCACCAACCAUUGUCAACCAGUCAUUUGCUGAAAUUCCAUACGAACCCAUUGAUAUUUCGGAUUUCUCACUGUGUAAAGCUUUUAAUGGUGACCAUCAAGAAAAUGCACCAGAAGGUAAUGAUUCUGACUCGGGUAUUUCAUUGAGCACACAUUCCAGUACCACAUCACCUGAGCACUCUGCUGAAUCAUCUCUUUUUGGAGAUACAGCUUUUGGCAAUAGUGACUCUGAAAUGGAAGAAAUGGAGAGUACUCCUGGAAGUCUGCAACAGAGCAGUGCUCAGAUAUAUUCACUGAAGUUCCAUAAUCCAGUCUCUCCUUCCCAGGGGCCAACCACUCAAAAAUCUGAUCUGCAAUGUGUAAACACACCAAAAAGAGAACUACCUGCCAGCCCAGGCCACCCCAAAGCUCCAUUUACAAGAGAUAAACCUUCAAGCUGCCUUGAUGCUCAUUUCACAAGAGAUGAGCAAAGAGCAAAAGCUCUGCAUAUCCCUUUCCCUGUAGAAAAAAUAAUCAACCUUCCCGUGGAUGACUUCAAUGAAAUGAUGUCUAAGGAGCAGUUCAGUGAGGCCCAGCUUGCACUUAUUCGAGAUAUACGAAGGAGAGGCAAGAAUAAAGUAGCUGCUCAAAACUGCCGUAAAAGGAAACUGGAGAACAUAGUAGAACUGGAGCAAGACUUGGGUCAGUUACAGGAUGAAAAAGAGAAAUUGCUUAAAGAAAAAGGAGAGAAUGACAAAAGCAUCCGUCUGAUGAAAAAGCAGCUUACUAACCUAUACCUUGAGGUCUUCAGCAUGCUACAUGAUGAAAAUGGAAAGCCUUACUCUCCCAGUGAAUACUCACUGCAGCAAACAAAAGAUGGCAGCAUCUUCCUUGUUCCUAAAAGCAAGAAGCCAGAGACUAAAUUUUGACAGGCAAGGAAGCUAACUGGCUUUGACAGAGUUGGCACUUUUGUAUUUUUAUUCUAAUAGCUUUUACUGUGAUAUGAAAUGCAGAAUUAUCAUAUUUUAAAGUGAUUCUAUUCAAAUAUAUAUCCAUAGUUGUUAACUAGUAUAUUAAAUACACAAGUUAAAAACUCUUAGUGUAAUGCAUAUGUAUGCAAAAUCUGUAAUCUUAUUUUCUAGCACUCAUUAUUUCCUUCUUUAUAGCACUACUUCGGCUAGUUUCAAUAGGACUGUAAAUAUUUCAAGACAUCUUAUUUAUAUACUGUUCUGUCUCAUUUGUUAUACUCUCUCUAUAUAUAUAAUUUUAGCUGGCUAAAUACAAUUUGUUGCAAAACCAACUGACUUCAGAUAACUUUUUAUAAAUAUAAAUUGAAUAAUGUUUGCUACUUUUAAUAUACAUUUUAAUUUGCUUUACACUUAAAAUAAAACUUUUGAGUAUAAAAGUUGAUACUUAAUAAAGUAUAUUAUUUUGACUUGUCUUAA